AUGACUGUCCGUUGCUGUGUGAUGCUUGUCGUACUGGUGGCAAUCGUGAUCCAUUCGGCCGGUAGCGUUCGAAAUGAUCCACCAGGUGAUGGUGUUAAGAGCCGCCAAAAGCGCAUUGUGUUUCCGGUGAACGCGGCCAUGGGUAUUAUCUUUGCCCUGGCCAUUCCACUUGGCAUACCGAGCAGAAACAUUUUUAUGUCCUACAACUUUGAAGGCAAUUACAACAGUCCAGCGGAUGCCAAUAUCUUUACGGAGGGUUUCGCUAACUAUAUUAAAGGCAUCGUGGAACCCCUAACGGCACCCUCAGUUCCGGUAGAAUCGUAUGGUAUAAGGCGGCGCAGUGCCGAGAGGCGAAAUACACCUGCGACACCACAAGUGACACGGAGACAGAUUUACAAAAUGCUUCAAAAGCAUCUGCAGAGCCAACACUUUCAUGGCAGGAAAUGUUUGCAGCGAAUGAUCUGUGAAGCGGCAUUGCAUCCGUUUAGCGAAACGAAUGGCGUUGUUGGUGAUGUGGUACAAAUUCUGCUAAGUCCAUCCACCUCGAGGGAUGAAUCUUUACCGAAGGAAUAUCGAAUGGCGGAGCUGUCCGGACGGGAUGGUUCUUGUGAUGCGUAUCGAUCAGAGUGUCCAAAGGAUCCACUGAAGGCUGUUAGUGUUUUGUUAGGAUAG